CUGUGGUGUUUUAUUUCACCGGAGCUUGUGUUUUUAUUCCAAUCAUCGUAAUUUUAUACAAUUGUAGACACUUUAACUGGAUAAAUGGUGAUCAGGGUGGAUCACCAUCUGCGUUGGCAGCCUGGAGUGUGAGAGUUGCACACUAUGUCCAUGAGACUAGUGUCCAGCGGAAGUUACAAUGUGCGGGCAUCAGAAAUGGCGCACAUGCAGGAUCGUCAGCCAAAAUCGGUUACAUGUAUCGUGCAUUUUCUUGACAACAGUUUGCAGGAUUUCGAAAUAGAUAAACGUGCUAAGUCCCAGGUAUUGUUGGACCGAGUGUUUGAGCAUUUAGAAUUGGUGGAAAAGGAUUACUUUGGCCUGCAGUAUGUCGAUGCUCCUCCUGGGGAUGAUGCAUUGAGGUGGCUGGAUCCCCUAAAGACUAUCAAGAAACAGUGUAGAGGACCACCGUUUGAAUUCUUUUUCCAAGUGAAGUUUUAUGUUUCUGAUCCAAGCAAGUUAGCCGAAGAAUAUACAAGAUACCAUUUCUUCUUACAAGUGAAGAGAGACAUUCUUUCAGGAAAGCUCGUCUGUCCACUGAGCCAGGCAGUGUUGCUGGCCAGUUAUGCAGUGCAAUCUGAGCUUGGCGACUUGAAUCCAGAAGAACACACUGAUGGGUACCUGUCUGACUUCAUAUUUAUGCCUGGUCAGACGAAGGAGUUUGAGAAACUAGUGGCAGAGAAACACAAGCAGCACAGAGGGCAAACCCCAGCUGAUGCGGAGUACAACUUCCUGGACAAAGCCAAACGGCUAGAUAUGUAUGGCAUUGACCUGCACAAUGCGAGGGUAAGGAUGUUUACUACAUCACAAACCGAGGAUUUAUCUGUGUUGCAGGACCAGAGCAACAUCGAUAUUCAACUGGGUGUUACGUCAGCAGGGCUCGUUGUCUUUCAGAACAACCUCAAAAUUAACACCUUUUCAUGGGCAAAAAUAGUCAAGAUUUCCUUCAAAAGAAAACAGUUUUUCAUACAACUGAGAAGAGAAAUGACUCCUCCUCAAGCCGAUACUGUGGAGAAUUUGAUAGGGUUCAACAUGAUCAGCUACCGGUCAUGUAAAAACUUGUGGAAGUCGUGUGUAGAACAUCACACAUUCUUUCGUCUUCACCAUCCGAAUCCUCCCUCCAAAAAGAUCUUUUCAAUAGGUUCCAAAUUCAGGUAUAGUGGGAGGACAGAGUAUCAAACAGUAGAAGAAACGAAACGGAGAGCCAAAAUAGACAGGAGUUUUACAAGGUCACCAAGCAAACGAGGCUACACCCGUCGUACAGUCGGAGGCGUUACCCGUGAUGCAAUUCUGGAAGAAAAACAAUUCAUUGAUGGUUACAGAAACAUGACAAAGUCGCAAACAUUUACCGCAAAUUCGACCAACAACUUCAACCGUCACGAUGGUCCUAACAGUCAGAUUCGCUCCACGUUGCCUCACGAUUACAAGUCAAGGACGUCAUGGAAUGAUGGAACAAGAUCGGAAAAAUCUGAUGAUGAUGGCGGCUUCUUGUCUCAUAACUCAUCUCGUGACACCUACCCAGCUCCCAUCCCAACCAAGAUCGUCAACUUCAACUCAAAGGAGGAAACAGUACGCUCCGACCCCUACUACGACCUGCCGGCCUAUGAUGAAUACUUGUCCAAUGGCAAUGGUUACACUGAUGGUCAGGGUCUGGUUACCAUCCGGAUGAUGCCAGAUGAACAUGGAAGAUUUGGUUUCAAUGUCAAGGGAGGAGCUGACCAAGGCAUGCCCAUCAUUGUAUCAAGGGUGGCACCUAACACACCCUCAGACCUGGCCAUUCCACGCCUCAAUGAGGGAGAUCAGGUUCUCUUCAUCAACGGGCGGGAUGUGUCUCAACACACACACGAACAGGUGGUUAUGUUUAUCAAGGCUUCUCGAGAAUCGCACACUGGUGAACUGAUUCUCAUUGUCAGACCAAAUGUGUAUGUUAGUGAAGACCAGACUGAUGAGCCAGAUUUCUCGUAUGUCCCGGAGACCCAUGUGAUAGCUAGUUCGUCAAAUGCCAACACACUGGAAUCAUCACUGAUGCUGCUACAAGAAAGUCUUGAUAGUGGAGCUGCGCUCGCACAGUUUGAGCAAUUGUACAGGAAGAAACCGAACUUGACAAUGAAUGCAGCAAGGGCUGAAGCCAAUAUCCCUAAAAACAGAUACAGAGAUAUCUCGCCUUAUGAUCAGACAAGAGUGAUUUUGAAACCCGGCCCAGGUGGUGACUAUGUCAAUGCAAACUAUGUAAAUAUGGAAAUACCAGGGUCUGGUGUUGUGACCCGGUACAUUGCUGCCCAGGGCCCUCUGCCUAACACAUGUACAGACUUUUGGCAGAUGGUUUGGGAACAGCAGUCCUCAUUGGUUGUGAUGCUGACGACGAAGGUCGAGAGAGGUCGGGUCAAGUGUCACCAGUACUGGCCGGAGCUGUAUGAGACGGAGGAUUUCGGAGCCCUGCAGAUCACGUGCGUCAAGGAAGAGGAGACGCCUUCGUUUGCAUUCCGCGAGUUUAAUUUGACGCACGUCGAGACAAACGAAGAGAGACAUAUAAGGCACAUGCAGUACAUAGCGUGGCCCGAUCAUGGGGUGCCGGAUGAUCCUGCUGAUUUUCUCGACUUUGUGUUAAAAGUGCGGCAGAACAGAGUUGGGAUGGUUGAGCCUGUUAUAGUUCAUUGCAGUGCUGGUAUUGGGAGAACAGGUGUGCUAAUCACUAUGGAAACCGCUAUGUGCCUGAUAGAAGCCAACCAGCCCGUCUAUCCCCUGACAAUAGUUCGACAGAUGAGAGAUCAACGUGCCAUGUUAAUUCAAACUUCUAGUCAAUAUAAAUUUGUUUGUGAAGCAAUCCUCAGAGUGUAUCAUGAGGCUCUGGUGAAACCACUUAAAGAUUUUCACAGAUGAAAGUAGCUUUGCCCUUGGGGCAGAAUUUAAUCCACAACACCAUGGAGUCCUAUCUCUCUAUUCUUCGAGACAAGCAGUUGCAAUACUAUUUUGAGAGAAACUUUCCUAAAUUUCAAGAAUGUUGUGCUGGAACAACCACCAUACAGUGCUAUUGUCGAAUCUAAGGUCAAGCGGAAUUAUUUUUUACAUAGCAAAUGGAUGCCGCUGCUAUUCCUCAUACAUAUCAAUGUGUCAUAUUGUGAUUAAGUUUCAGCCAUUGACCAAAGCUGGGGAACUCGAAAACCCACAAAGAUCAGGGAUAAUUCAAAUGUACUAAGGGAGAUAAUUGAAUGAAAGGGAAGCUACUUGAUUUAAAUCUUCAACCACCAUUCCUGCCACUAUGAACUUGCUCAAACUGGAUAUUACUAUCGGACUGUGAACAUUGUCUGAAAAAAGCAAGAGAGAAGGAACAAAAGUGUUUUAACUCCAAUGUUUACAACAUUUCUUUAUAUUGUAAAAAAAUGUUUAGUAAAACUCUGGACAGGUUUAUCUUAUCCUACUUGAGGGGGAAAGCAUUAUGUUAUUGAUAUCAAAUGUUUGGUAAUGGAAGGAGGAUGCAAACAAAUCUGAACAUGUGUUUCUUUUUGUGACACGGUUGCUCGUGGUUACCCCCAAGAGUCAACAGAAUGUCCAUCUGUGGAAAACAAUACUGAAAACAAGUUAUCUUUGUUUGGGAGUGGUUUCUUGUAUAUUUUGUUUCUGCAAAAUGUGAAAACCUCACUGACUAGAAAACACUUAUUCGUGUUUUUGAGUGAAUGCUGGAUUGAAAAUGAAAAACUCACAUCCUGGCUGUUACUGGCAGAUUGACCAGUAUCCUUGUUUUUUCAACUCCCUUGCCUAAGAAUGUCUUGUCUGAACCUUUCUGAGUCUGCUGACUUGAGCAAGUCAAGAAGUAUGUGUGUGUCUAGGAACUUGUUGAGUUUACCAGUACAAAGGACAACCUGAUUCUAAUAGCAUUCCAUUCCAUGUAAGAACAAUGCAGAAGGAACUGUGAUGUGUGUAGACUUGAAAGCCUUCUUUUUUCGGCUUGAAAUGUUCUGGUUUUAUUUAAAAUGAAUGCAGAUUUCACUCAUGGUGGAUUGUGAUCUAUUUAACCACGGCUGGAAAUCAGAUACAGACAUUUCCAGCAAUGGAGAGUGAAGCUUUUGCAGACAGCAGGAACUGCUUUGUGUUUGUGAAUUGAUACAGAUAGGAGUGUAAAAAUGGUGGAAGGCUUGAGAAGGAAGAGGUUAAAGGCUAGAGAUGCGGAAGUGCGGAAUUCUUGCAGAAUGAGGUUGAAUGCUUGGGAAUAAAAGGUUGAAGACUAGGGGAAUGUUUUUUUGUUUUGAGGUUGUGAAGCAAUGGAUAUAUAUGGUUGAGGGCUUGUGAAAUAAGGCUUUGGAAAGUAAAAGAUUAAAUGUUUACGGUUAUACAAGAUGUUGAAAGUUUAAGAAUCUGAAUAGACAUUGAAGCUUGGGAAGAGGGCAGAUAUAGAUUGCAAAAAGAAUUAGAGAAAAACAACUGUGAUGUAACAGUUUUUUGUUUGCCUUGUCACUGAACGUUGUCUUUGCUUUUUUUCUGAUACAAACAUUUCUGGUGAAAGGAUCAUCUGUCAGCAUGCCAUGGAAAUCGCAUGCGUGUAGAAUGUAUUUUACCACAAAUUUAUAUGUGAUGACAUUUAAUUGUGUAUGUGAUAAAAGUGAAAGAAGUCAUUAGCCAACAAAAACUGGUCUUUGUACUAAAGGUAUCUUUGUAUAGCAUUUAUUUAACAGUUACGUUUAAGUAACACCUGCAUGUUUAGAUGUGACGACUACAGCAUGACUACACAAUGGGGAUGGUCCAGUCCUUAGUAGAUUUGUGAUGCAAGACAUCUUGUGAUUUUCCUUUUUUUUUUCUUUUUUUUUUAAAUAGUAUCGUUUCAUUUGUUAUUACAGUGACUUGUUUAUUUAUGAUGAACCUGUGUAACGUUUUACUUAGAUAGGGUCGCUGUUAUAGAUAAGUCUGUUCCACAAUAAGAAUGCUGGGGUGAUAAAUGAAAGAUGUUUCACUUAGAUAGGGUCGCUGUUAAAGAUAAGUCUGUUCCACAAUAAGAAUGCUGGGGUGAUAAAUGAAAGAUGUUUCACUUAGAUAGGGUCGCUGUUAUAGAUAAGUCUGUUCCACAAUAAGAAUGCUGAGGUGAUAAAUGAAAGUUGGGAUGCAAUCUGUUCUUAACUAUUAGUACCCAGCAUUCAAGGAAUAAUAACUUACAAUGACAAAAAACGACUGCAUUUGACAUUAAUUUACAAACCACCAAUAAAACAUCUUUGGAUGUUGCACCAAGAAUUCACGAACAGUUGUAGAGUACUCCAUUAAAACAAAACAUGCUGUAUCUGAAUCUAUACUGACGUCCAAAAGAAAUAAUACAUAUAUAAAAACAAUUGAAUAAUUUGAUCAAUAUUGUUGUUAAUCGAAAAAACCCAAUUUAAAAACCACCCUACACACUUUGAAUCUAUCAUGAAGUUCAUUGUGACAUUCAGAUGUUGAACUUUGUGAUACUUUCAUGUCCCACCAUACCGUUUGUUGGUUUUCUAUAAUACCAGGCCAUAGGAUUUCAAUUCCGUGCCUUAUGAUUGAUCAUGGGAACCCAUUGUUGAAUAGUUGUACUUGAUAUAAUAAUCAAGGUAAAUGAAAUUUCAGUUCUGUGAUUUUACUGACACAGUACCAAAAACAACCAUUUCCAUGAAAUUGGAGGGCCUGAAUACAAUUUCAAGCCUUUUAAAGUUUCUUUUGGAUGUCGUUAUACAUGUAUUAAUAAAUAGAAUCUAUCAUUACCAUCCAUCCUGAUAUUUUCUGGAACAGAAUAGUCUAUGGACCUGGCUGCACAACUCACCUGAUAGCUAUUUCUUUGUACAUGUAUGCAGUUGUGACAUCUAUUAAUAUAAACUGUUCUGGCAGUUUAUUGACAGCCUUUUGCAAAAUGCCUUUAUUAAGUUUGUCAUCACAAUGAAAAGAUCUUUGUAUAUCUGGGUAUAUAAUGCCACUUUUAUUCUGUAGAGCUUAUGCAAUCGUGGAACUUUUAAAGCUUUUUUUUUUUUUUUUUGCUUUUAAAUGGAUUAUAAUUUGAUUAUGUUUUUAACAAAUUCACAAAACAGAGAUGGAUUGGAGACUUCUGAUCAAAAUUCUAAUUAAUGAGUCAAUUUUGUCUCUGUCUCUAUAUUGAUAUGACAGAAGGAUCUUGCUAAGCAACGAAUACACAGUGAGUGGUAACAUCACUGAGCUGGGGAUGGGUGGGUGUGUGGGGUGGGGGGGUGGGGGGGAGGGGGGUAUGAAGACUGGCUUCACAUUUUAGGACAGGCUCCAACCCAGAGUAAGUGCACAACUCCAUGGGAUAUAAAAUACCACUUGACACAGAUUCUCUCUUACUAACCACUAAUCCCUAUCCUAAACAGAGGGGGGUGUUGCUCAUUGGUAGAGUGCUUGCAUGAAGUGCGAUCCUACCAAUUAGUAUAUCACAAAUAGUACAUCAAAAGCUGUGGGAUGUACUAUCCUGUCUAUUGGAAGGUACAUACCAUAUAUGCACAUCUCCAUAGGCAUGGCAGAACAUACCAUGGACUUUGAUGUACACUUUGUGGAGCACUGGGACAGAAAAACCUUCUGGUCCGUUGACCCAUCACUUCUCUUUACUACUGAACCACUUGAAAAAUUAAAGGUUUACUUUAACAUAAAUUUUAAUAUUAAAAUUAUACAUUAUCUUUCUGAAUUUUAAAAUAUAAAAGAUUAAUUUUCUAGUAAAAGCUGUUGGCAUGAUUUCAUCAUCAUUGGACCACUAGUACCUAGUAUUUCUUCUUCUUUUUUUUUGACUUUAAAUAUUAUGACAUAAUUGUCAUUGUUACUUUUUGUGCCAAUAAUAAAGUAAACUUAAGAAUACCUCAACAAUAAUAAUACCUCAUUAACACUUCAUCAAAGCUAUCAUCCUUGAUCAUUAAAACAAUAAAAAGAGAAAGAAAUAUUUUAGAAGUGUCCAUUCAUCCAUCUCUAGUCCAUUUUUGAAAGCAUUUUGCUGUGAAUAGAUCAUCUUAUGCAAUUCAUAGUUUGAGUUGCCUUUUUUAAAAUGAUGCUCAUUGUACAUGUGUAUUUUGUUGCUUGGGUAAUACACGUUUUGCAUUUUAAUAUUCCUCCUUUUUUUAUAAUUUGCCAAUUUUUAGCUAUAUACACAAAAUAGUUCAUAUCAGUGGGUAAGAUAAUCAACUGACAUACAACAUAUAGGUUAUUUGUUUGGUAAGAAGACAUUUGUGGAAUCGGGAGAAAGUCCUGAAGAAUGGGAUGUUUUUCUAGUAUCAAAGCUUGGUAAAUAUAUGAUUAAACUGUGCAAUUUGUGAAGUAAAGAGGUGCUCCAUACAAAAAAAAAGUUGAAUUUUGUCAUAAGGAGAUGGGUAUGGGGUAUAAAAUUCCCAUGAAAAGAUGUCUGUGUUUCUACUAUUACAUCCAAAUAGAUAUUUAUGUUCAUGAUUAAAAUCUUCACUGUUCAUAACAGUAAAAUGCCAACAUGGACACAUACAUACAAUGUCAAACACAAAUCCAUGCAUACCAUGCAAAUGGUAGACGGUUUAUCAAGGUACUAGUUCAUUUUAUUUGGCAAUAGUACUGUCAAAUAAUACAAAGUCCUUAUGGUCUAAUCUAUCACCAUCACGAGCCCAAGUGCCAUUUUGUAAGCUAUAAUGUUUAUAUGGAUGUGGUCAUCUUAAGUAGCUGUUAAAAGUAUCGUGUAUAUUCUAAGCAAGAAAAUGUUUACUUUCAACCAGAAGUACUUUAUAAGUUUUUGGGGGGUUUUGUUGGGUUUUUUAGCUACAUACCUUUAAUCAUCCUGACUGCAUUAGUGGUUGGAGCUACACUGAAGGAAUAUCGCAUGCAGUCUUUCUUUGACUGGCCAGUUAUAUAUGAUGGUUCUGACAGAAGUAUUAUCACAUUUACAUGAAACUCUUACAUACAUGUGCGUGUAGUCUGCUUGGAAUGUAUUUAUAGCAAAUAACUGUAAUUAUCAAUUCAGUUUUAGUAGGUGUAAAUACUGUAAGAAAAUAAUAUUCAAAAAGCUAUUUAUAUUGAGUGGAAAUCAUGUUGAACAUAUUCUGUCAUUUGAAGAGGUUUCAUCAUAAGCAUGUUCAUUCUGAUCGUAUUUAUUUUUUAUCUCAGUGCUGUAAACAUAAAUGUGGUCAGUUCUGUUAUUUUAUGCCAUGCAUGAAUUUGUUAUCUUAGAACUGGUCAACUUUGAGAUAUGGAACAGAUCUACCCUGCCUCGAGGUGACAUCCUGAAUUAAAACAGUAUUUAUUACCAACACUUCAGCUGUUGGGAUUGGCCAACAUGCUUUUCCCUUACAUUUUUCAAAUAUUUUUUUAAACAAUACAUUUCAGGAGAUAAUUUUAUUUUAUCAAAAUUAACCAACAUUUCCUCAAAAAACUUCUUUUUUUAGAUUCACAUGCUUGCGGGGGACUUAGACAUAUAAAGGAAAAUAAUUAUUAAGAGGUUUUUUUUUAAUAAUAUGUAUACUUAAAGGAUCCUUUUUUUUUUUCUUUUUUGUAAAUAAUUGCUCAAGUAUUCAUUUAGCACAAUGCAAUUGUGCUAGAUGACAGAAAUUAUCUAGUAAAUGUACUUAAAUUUUUGUGGGGUUUGUUUUGUUUUAAAACUCUCAUACAUACUGUUUAUAAUUUGGAAUACAUUAAUUUGAACCAAUAACAUUUAAUAAAGCAAUGAAGAAUUUUCCACAAAGAACAACAUAUUUUAAUGUAUUUUCUUUUUAUGGACAAAUAUAAUUGGUAUAAAAAAACACACAAAUAGAACAUUUACUGUAAAUAAAAUGCAAAUCACUGAUUCACUGUGUAGCUAGCCUAAACUAGCUAGACAAAGGAGCACUACCCCUUCCUCUCCCCCUUUUAGGUUGGGGUAGAUCUGUUCAUCACCUGAGAACUAUGUUGUAUGAAAUUACUGUGCUGCUCAGAAAGUCAUUGUGAAGAAUGUUGCGUGUGUGUGUGUGUAUGUGUGCUAGAUGGUAUGUGUACGUGUGAUAGCUUUCUUACACAUUGGUGUAUAAAAUAAUCAUAAACCAAAUAAAUAAUUUUAAACUUA